CCUUUUUGCCUAGUGUCUGAAUUUGUCUUGGAGAGUGAAAUUUUUAGGUAGCAUACUCAUUUUUUGACAGUGCCCUUCUAAAGCUUCGGGUAUCCUUGGCGUCCUGAGACUAACGGAGCACAACUCCCAGUGUGGCUCAGUCCCAGACAGCUGCUGAGUGAGGCUGGGGUGCAGAGUCCUUGCUCCGCCAGGGAUCCGGCGCUGUGCUCAGAGUCCUACAGAACAAAUGUACCCACUAGACUGGAUGUAAAGCCUUGCACGAUCUGCCUCAGAAACUCAUCCCUUGAAGGAUAACGGGACUGGGCAACGUGUAGUUGCGGGCUCCUCCUCAUCUCUGUUCCCGGGAUUUUACAUGUUUUUCACAAGGGAAUCAUGCUUGAGUUAGAGGAUCAGAGGAGUUCUUUCCUGCCACUCUAACCGGAUUCCUACAGGGAAAGGAACCUUAGCAUUCAGAGACCGCAGCCGGUGGUCCUCCAGUCCGAGGUAAAAGCAACGUCUUCUGAGUGGGGCUGCAAGAGCGCGGGUGCAACUUUUAGUUGCUGACUAAGCGGAACAGCACGGCCGCCUGCGCCCGCGCCUCCCCAGACCCCCAAGUGCAUGAAAGACGGAGGGAACCAGCAUGGCCAAAGCCGGAGCUCUUAGAAAGCCCUGCCUCUCGGAAACUUGCAAAGGGAGCAGGGGAAGGAGCCAGGGCUCAUGCGAGAGCCGCGGGGAGGGCGGGGGUGGGGGGGGCUUCCGCCCCCUCGCUGCCCCCUCCUGCCACCCUCUCACCCGGACAGCUGUUCAGCUCUUGUAAUUCAUUGGCUUCCCCCGCCCCGCCUUCCAAAUACCACCCCAAUCCAGUUUAGCCCCCUGCCUCACCCUGCUGACCUAAUAAGGCCAUGCACACUGCAGGAGACCUAUAUAAAAGUCAGGACAGUUGGGGACGGCAGGACAACUGGAGCAAGGAAAGGAAGGAGCUGUCCAGCGCUGAGAAACAAGAAGGUGACCAUGGCUAAGGAGUGGGGCUACGCCAGCCACAACGGUCCUGAGCAUUGGCAUGAACUUUAUCCAAUUGCCAAAGGGGACAACCAGUCACCCAUUGAGCUGCAUACUAAAGACAUCAAGCAUGACCCCUCUCUGCAGCCCUGGUCAGCAUCUUAUGAUCCGGGCUCUGCUAAGACCAUCCUGAACAACGGGAAGACCUGCAGAGUUGUGUUUGAUGAUACUUAUGACAGGUCCAUGCUGAGGGGUGGUCCUCUCUCUGGACCCUACCGACUUCGCCAGUUCCAUCUUCACUGGGGCUCCUCGGAUGACCAUGGCUCUGAGCACACAGUGGAUGGAGUGAAGUAUGCUGCUGAGCUUCACCUGGUUCACUGGAACCCGAAGUACAACACCUUUGGAGAAGCUCUAAAGCAACCCGAUGGAAUUGCUGUGGUUGGCAUUUUUCUGAAGAUAGGACGGGAGAAAGGGGAAUUCCAGAUUCUCCUAGAUGCCCUGGACAAAGUUAAGACUAAGGGCAAGGAGGCUCCUUUCACGCACUUCGACCCGUCGUGCCUGUUCCCUGCUUGCCGGGACUACUGGACCUACCAUGGCUCCUUCACCACCCCACCCUGCGAGGAAUGCAUCGUGUGGCUGCUGUUGAAGGAGCCUAUGACCGUGAGCUCAGACCAGAUGGCCAAGCUGCGCAGCCUCUUCGCCAGCGCGGAGAAUGAGCCCCCAGUGCCUCUGGUGGGGAACUGGCGCCCUCCGCAGCCGGUCAAGGGCAGGGUGGUGAGGGCCUCCUUCAAGUGAGGCUCUGGAUUUGCCCUCUUCAGGAAAGAAAACUUGCUCCUGAAGAGUUGCCUGCCUCCUCCUCCUGGUGCUCUGUUUUCUAAGCUGUUCUAAAACACCUAGAGGGAAAAGAUGCAGUCACGUGAAAUAGCAACGCCUUUUGACACUCUCUAACCCAGAAGCAUGAAUUUCACACCUAACCUUUAUAAUAACCACCUUUUCUAUAAAAUUAGUAUUUCUAGUAUGGGUUCAAUGAGGAAGAAAUAGAAGAAGAGAUAUAUACAACAAUGACUUACUGAGCAUAUUGAAUUUCUCACAAUCUCAGGGCUCCUGUUUUCCAACUGAGUUACUGAUAUUACAGAAGUCAUGCUGUGUGCGUGGGUGGGUACGGAGAUGCGUGCCCACUGUUAGGAUCAUUGUGUUUUAUCUCUUAAUACCAGCAAAACUCCAUUACUCGCUAAAAUUUUGCCUACUACCAAGUUUACCUGGUUUAAAUUGUCUGUAAAACACACACACACACACACACACACACACACACACACACACACACACACACGAUCAGGUGUUUUAAAAUGUUCAAUCCAGCAUUUGAAUUUCUUCUCCAUAAAGAUGGUUUUCUUUGUCCAAAGCAGGGCCAUUUCUUUUUUAUUUCACUACUUUUAUCUUUGCAUGCUUAUUAAAAUAAUAAUAAUAGUAAUAAUAAAAAUAAAAACUGUC